AUGGAUAAGAUCAAGGAGAGAAUGAACAACCUCCGCCUUGAGGCCGAGGAGGCCCAGGAGAAGGUUGAGGAGCUCAAGAGCAAGGUGAAGACGCUGGAGCAGGAGAACCUCGCCAAGGAGCAGGAGAUCACAUCCCUCAACCACCGGAACCAGCUUCUGGAGGGUGAGGUCGAGAAGCUCGAGACCGCUCUCAAGGAGGCCAAGGACUCUGCCAACCAGAGUGCUCAGCACGAUACUCAGAACGAGGCUCUCCAGCGCCGUCUGCAACUGCUGGAAGAAGAGGCCGAAGACGCUGACCGGAACCUCCGGGAGACUAACGAGAAGCUCCGCCAAACCGACGUCAAGGCUGGCCACUACGAACGCAAGGUGCAGGCUCUCGAAGCGUCUCGUGACCAGUGGGAGAGCAAGUACGAGGAGAUGGCGAAGAAAUACGCCGAGUUGCAGAAGGAUCUGCACGACCUCGAGGUCUCCAUCAGCAAUGUUUAA